AAGAGUGAGGUUUUGGAUUUGGGAAAAUAAUAGAUUGUUCAUUCUAUUCUAAUUAUAUUAAUUAAUCAUGUACAUUAAAAGCAUGGAGAACAAACUCAUCUCGGGGGAGAUAUGGAGAACUUAUGCAUCGUUAAUCAGAUGUAGAUUUAUAACCAAAAGACUUGAGACAUUAAAAAUUAAUCACAAUCGAUUAUAAUCAUAUACCAUAAAAUAUGUUCCAACAGUUGUCUUGGAACACAAGGACAAAGUGGCGAGAAGAAAACCUUCGGAGUUUGAUCAAUCGAUGAUUCAAAAGGGAAGAUUAUAAGUUGGGAAUGGACAAAAUUGACUAUAAGAUCAAACUACUCUUUGUUACAUCGAUAUUGCAAGAAGCAAGUGGUGACAAACCAUAAGGAACAAUGAACGGUUGUUCCGAUCCAACGUGUACCCCUCCACCAUGCGUGUAUCCACCACCACCUCCAAAGUCUUUUAUGAAUGCGGGUGUAAAAUGCUGCCAGUUUCCGCCACAAACAUGUCGUGUUGCCUUCACUCUUCCGACACAGCCUGACUUUGUACUAGAUCACAAUGAACCUAUUGUGGUGGAAUGGCCUCCAAAGAAGGAGCCAGUUUGUGAAUAUGUAGACACAGGACCAAGACCUGACUUGUUGGCGCAGAUCCCACACCAGAUUGCACCUCAGGUCGUGACCAUGAUUGCUGCGCCUCAAAUGGUGAAUUCGGAUGAUUCAACUAUGACCAAUCAAGUUCUGCCCCACGAACGGUGUCCUGACAGCCAGCUUCACGUAAGGAUUGAGCCAAAACAAAAGAAAAAGGUAGAGAUACGAAUGCCACCUCAAGAACCGCCUAUCCGAGGUCCACCCUGUCGUCCAUGGAUUCAAUGUGUGGAGAAUACCCUCAUUACAGACCAGGUACGACGUCCCCUUGCUCGAUACUGCCAUCGGAGACCGAUGCCGCCCCUUGUGAUUCCUACCCAUAAAUUGGAACAACUUAAGCUAAAGAGUACUGAACGACAAAGACAACGGGAAGAGGAAGAAGCUUAUUUUAGAGAACGGGAAUGUCAGCGAUUGAAGUCAAGACAGAGGCAGGCUAAAUGGAACUUUACUGUGGAGAGUCUGUUGGACCGAAAACGUCAAAAGGAACAAGCUCAGGAAGAAGCCGAACGUGAAUCUACGAGACAAUUGAUGGCUGAAGUAGCACAAGAGAAAAAUUUACAGUCUGAGGCUCAAAUUGCGAGAGCAGAUCAGCUCAUUUUAUAUCGAAAAGGUCUUAUCCGAGACUUUCAUUCUGCUUUAGCCUAUUCCAAGAUGAUGCAAGAAAUUGACCAAAUGAAAUCUAAAAGUGGGGAACAAGACGAUUCUAAUUGUCCAAUGUAUGUACAAAAGUGUUACAAAAAGAUGAUGUAUCCAAAUACAAGUCGCCCAGAUUACUCAAAGAAGGUCGAGGAGAAAGUGAUUAAUGAAAAAUUGCUACAACGUCUCAAGUGUAUUGAGCAAAGAGCUCUGGAACAAAAAAUGGAAAUUAAUUCAGAGUUGUGCAGCAUGAAACAAUUGAUUGCUGAAAAUAUGCCCGACCUCCCUGAAAAAUACAAAAAGUAUAUGGCCGAUCCUGUUUGCGAUGAAGAUAAUAAAGAACGGACACAGGAAAAAAUGCGCUGUGAUGUGUUUGAAGAAAUCGGAGACAAGUUGGCUGCUGAUGCGUACAUCGAGUCCCAUGAGAAUGAGAUUGACCGUCAAGCUUGUGAAUAUAACGAGUAUAAACGUCGAGUAGAUGCUAUCAGAAAAGCGAAAGAGAAACAACUCAUUGACGAGAAAGUUGCGUAUAACAUUGCAAAAUCUGAAGUGGCCGCAAGAGCCUUAGUGAAAGUGCAGCAGGAAAAGAAAGCUAGGGCGAAUGAUUAUGAUAAACUAAAGGAGCAGUGGGAAUCAGAGUUUGAGGCUAAAGAAGAUGCCAAGAAAUCCGCUCAAGAAAAACAUAUGGCGAAAGUAAUUGCCGACUUCAAUCGUCGAAAAUGUGCCGAAGGUUGGAAACAAUGUGAUCUUCAUCCUGCUCGUCAAUGGGCGAGUAGCUUGCUCGUAGCGGAAGAAAACUUUGAACGUGAAUGUCAAGAAAAAUCUGAUCGACGACUAAAGGCGGAAGAUAUUGCACUCUACAACAAAGCUCAAGCUUCUAACAAACAAUGUCAUGAGCAAAGGAAAAAAUACAUGGAUGACGUUUGGGCUGCAAAGAUGAAACAGGAAUACUUGGAAGAGAUGAAAGAGAUGAAAUCAUAUGCGCAACAAUGUAUCGAAGACUGGAAGGCCAAAGGACGCACUGCCGUUCCUAUGCACCAAGCCAUGAAGAAAUGGGACUAUGACGCUGGAAUGCAACCUUACCUUUUCGCUGAAGGUGAUGCUCCUUUAAAUCUCGCCAUGAGUAAACAAAUGGCCAAAUCUGCAAAGAACACAAACUGCCCAGGUUAUGAAACUACGUCUAAAAGACUCGGGUUUGGAUCUGGAGGAUGUGCCUAAAAUUGCCUUACUACGCAUCCAAACUACAUUAUAUAUGUAUGACCGAAUAAAAAAAAUAAUCAUUUAGAGGAUUAGUUUAUACGCGUCCUAAUUAUAUGCUGGUACAAUUUAAGCUUUGUGCAAUGAAUGUUUUAACCGGAACUGGUAGUAAAUUUGGAUGUGGAACAGUAAAUCUAAGAAGUUACAACAUGUG